AUGAGGACCCCCAGGACCAUCGGGUACUUCCAUGCCUGGGACUACGUGGUCUUUGCAGCCAUGCUGCUCAUUUCGGCAAUCAUCGGCAUCUACUAUGCCUUUGCGGGAGGUGGGCAGAAGACCUCCAGCGACUUCCUCAUGGGGGGCCGCCGGAUGACUGCCCUGCCUGUGGCACUCUCUCUCACUGCCAGCUUCAUGUCAGCCGUCACUGUACUGGGCACCCCUUCCGAGGUGUACCGCUUUGGUGCCAUCUUCAGCAUCUUCUCCAUCGCCUACACCCUGGUGGUGAUCCUCAGUGCUGAGAUCUUCCUGCCUGUCUUCUACAGACUGGGCAUCACCAGCACCUAUGAGUAUUUAGAGCUUCGAUUUAAUAAAUACCUGCGUCUCUGUGGAACAAUCCUCUUCACUAUACAAACGACUUUAUACACUGGUAUUGUCAUUUACGCUCCAGCUUUAGCAUUAAAUCAAGUCACAGGCUUGGACCUCUGGGGUGCAGUGCUGGCAACUGGUGUAAUCUGCACUUUCUACUGCACAUUGGGUGGCCUGAAGGCCGUGGUGUGGACAGACGUUAUCCAGGUCGGCAUCAUGGUCGCUGGAUUUGCAUCGGUGAUUAUACGAGCUGUGGUGAUUCAAGAGGGCAUCGGAAACAUUGUGAAUGACUCCUACCAUGGGGGAAGAUUGAACUUCUGGAACUUUAAUCCCAGCCCUUUGCAGAGGCACACCUUCUGGACGAUUGUUAUAGGUGGGACCUUCACAUGGAUGGGCAUAUAUGGGGUCAACCAAUCUCAAGUACAGAGAUACAUCUCAUGUAAAACCAGGUUUCAAGCAAAACUGUCUCUCUAUAUCAACUUGGUGGGCCUCUGGGUGAUCCUGACGUGCGCGGUGCUGUGCGGACUGGUGCUGUACUCCAUCUACAAGGACUGUGACCCAUGGACCUCUAAGAAAAUCUCAGCACCAGAUCAGCUAAUGCCCUACCUAGUGCUGGAUAUUUUCGAUGGUAUGCCAGGGCUUGUCGUGGCUAGUGCCUACAGUGGGACAUUAAGUACUGUGUCCUCCAGCAUUAAUGCUCUGGCUGCUGUGACCGUCGAAGACUUCAUCAGACCACACUUUAGAUCUCUCUCUGAAAAGAAACUGUCCUGGCUUUCCAUGGGGAUGAGUCUCUUUUAUGGCAUAGUGUGCAUUGCUAUGGCCGCGCUGGCGUCUGUCAUGGGAGCCUUGCUGCAGGCAGCACUAAGCAUUUUUGGCAUGAUUGGUGGUCCCCUUUUAGGACUAUUUACUUUGGGAAUCCUCUUCUCCUUUGCAAAUGAAGUGGGUGCAUUUGUGGGUCUCAUCAGUGGCUUUAUAAUUACACUUUGGGUUGGAAUUGGAGCUCAGACUUACCCUCCUCUCCCAACAAGGACUAAUCCAUUAACUCUCUCAACUGCAAUGUGUAACAUAUCCAACUUCAGUGCUCUCACUUCACCAACAGGAACUCCAUUAACAACACUCCUCCACACAACAACCAAACACACAAGACCUGCCAUAGCAGACAACUGGUAUUCUGUGUCUUACCUCUACCUCAGCACACUUGGGACUCUCUUCACAGUAGCUGUGGGAGUACUGGUCAGCCUCCUCACAGGAGGACUGAAACAGAAGAUAGACCGUAAAUUUCUGCUGAACAAAGAAGACUUUAUGUCCAACUUUUCCUGGACUAAAGCUGAGAUACAGGAGAGAGUAAAAGUGUUGAACUGGAAACCAUUCACGCCAGCAUCUGAGGGAACCAACAACCCUGCUUUUGGCCAAAUGGAAAUGAAGGACUCGGACAAUAAGGACAAAGACGAUGACCCACAUAUAUGA